AUGCCGAUGCAGCCGGUCCCGCCGGCCCAGCAACUGCAUAUGCAUGGCGGGUGUGGAGCCCCACAGCCCUUCUUCAGCCAGCCCUUCUGCGCCAGCGCCGGCCAGCUGUGCUCGCAGCCCGCUAUGUAUUCGCCGCAGCAACAGUACGGCAUGCCGCAGCAGUGCAUAAUGGACCCGGCAUUGCCCCCCUUCAUGCAGGGCAUGGCUCAGCCAGGAGGCUCCAUCCACCCUGCCCAGUGGGAGCAGCAGGCCUACUGCUACCCGCAACCCGCCGGUGCAUACGGCGCCAUCCCGCCCCUCUGCGGAGGCGCAGGCACCGUCUCCGGCGCCACCUCUGCCAGCCGCAAGUCAUUCAAGGCGCUUUCGGCGGCCGAGGUUAACGAGCUCAAGACGAAGCUCGUCAAGACCGACAUCGCCGCAAAGAAUGGCGCCUUUGAAGGCCUCGCCGCAGCCAACCGCGAGCUCGGCGAGCUCGAUGCCCUCACCACCGAGCAGGCCGCUGCCAUCACCGAGCUCCGCGCCGAGAUCCGCGGGCUCCACGAGCGUGCGCUCGCAUACGCCGCCGGCGCUGCGUUCCUACUCCUGCUCGCCCUCGCCGCCCGCGGAGCCGCGUUCGCGUGCGCCGCCGUCGCCGUCGUCGGUGCUCUUGAACUCGCCGACAGUGCAGGCCGUGCUCGCCUCGGCCGCGCUUACCUCAACUCUGUCGCCGCCGCGUGCCACGCUGUCGAAGCCGCCGGCGACGCUGCACGCAGCGCUGCCAGCCUCGCCGCCAUCGGGAGAGAGGGGUUGGUUAUCGCCGCCGUCGAUGCAGCUCCAGCCCUCUACCACAACGCCGGCCGCUGCGCCCGCUUCCUCGGUCGGGCAGCCCUCGCCGUCAUUGAAGCUCUAUGCCUUGCCGACGUCCUCGCGCAACCAUACGACAUUCGGCAGCAAGCUUUUGACAUCGCCGGUGUCGGUUCCGCCGCCAGCGUCAACACGUCCCAGACCAUCAGCGCGCGGCUCACCGCCAGCACCGGCCACGCCAUCGACCUCCGCGGCGCCGUGUUUUCCGACAACAUCAACCGGUCAAUCAUCUCCGGGAGCUACCUCGAGGACAUGUACGGCGCCGACGCCCGCCUCCAGCGCGCCGCCAGCGUCGCCGAGGCGGCCCUCGAGUGCACCACCAGCGGCACGCACGUCGACGCCUACAACGCUGCGCUGUACGCCAUCCUCGGCGACGGCGCCGCGCCCUUCGAGUGCGCGUCCGCCGAGCGCCUCGACGCCAGCCGCACCUGUCUCCACAAGGCCGCCGGCAGCCCCGCCUCAGCCGAGUGCCUCCGCGCCCUCUCCCGCCAUGCUGCCGGCGCCCCAAUGCCAGCCGAGUGCCUCAAGGCGACGCAGCGCCUCGUCGACGUCGUCACGCCGCUCGGCGUGAAGCAGAUCUUCCGCGUACCCGCCAACAAGAAGGAGCUGCGCGAAUCGCCCGAGCGGACGCAAUGGGAGGCCGCCGACCGCAAGGCCCUCGACUGCAUCCUCCGUGUCCCCGGCAACCGCCUCGUGCCCGUCACCGUCCCCGCGGCCGCGGGCGUGCCGAUCCAGCGCUGCGUCACAGCGCGCAAGAUCAAGAUCGACCAGGCGACCGGAGGCCUCGACCAACACGACCCGUUCAAGUCACGGCACUCCGCCGACGGCGGCUUCGCCAAGGUCCAACGCGCCCGCGCCGGCCUACCACCGUCGGGCGUCCCGGCUACCUCUACCGUUGUCGACGACUUGACCGCCAAGCUGUUCGUCGGACACGCCGCCGCCGUCGAUGCCCACCUGACCAAGGGAGACGUCGGGAACGCCUAUGUCAAGGGCAAGCGACAGGGGCCCGUCGGCUACAUGGCGCUCCCGUCCACGCUACCCAUGACCGACGAGGACGGGACCGAGCUGUGCAUCGAGCUCUGUUCACCUCUCUGGGGCGAGGAGUGCGCUGGCUACGAGUGGGAGUGCACGUUCAAUGACACCAUCAAAGGCCUAGGGUGGGUGCCGUGCCCGGGUGUCCCCGCGAUGUUCUCGUUCCAUGGGGAGCACGGAGAGGCCCGCAUGAUCACGAUCGUCGACGACUUCCUCAUCUCCGAGGUGAACGGCACCACCAUCACCGACGCCACCAUCGCCGCGCUGAAGGCCGCUUUCAACGACGAGGUCAAGGUCGACUACUCGCCCACCUCCUUCGCCGGCUUCAAGCUCGAGCGCGACCGCGAGCGGCGCACCCUCACGCUGUCCAUGCCGCAGAAGAUCAUCGAGGCCGCACGCGAGCACAUGCCCGAGCUCCUCCGCGGCGAGCAAUAUGACAGCGAGGAUGACAGCGAGAGCGUUGCUGAGAGUGAGGAAGGCAGCGCGGAUAGCGGGGACAGCGAGGGUAGUGACGGGUUGGCAGAGUGCGGCGCAAGUGAGGCCGAGGCAAUCCUGGACGCGGAAGCAGCACUGGCAGCCGGCGCAACGUUCGCGCUCGAUGAGCUUCCGGCGCCAAGCAGCAGCUCUCUCGGCGCGGCUGAGGCCGCCCGGAUGCCUGCGGCAGAGCUGGUGAGCAGCAGCGAUGGGGAGAGCAGCGACAGCGAGGACGUGCUUGAGCCCGCCGCAAAGAGUGCUCGGGCGUGCCCCGCCGAGCCGGGUCAAGUGGACGCGAUGCGCGAUGACGAGGACGACGAGGAGGAGAGCGUGCGUGGCGGCGCCGCUCAGUCUGCGGAGGCCGGCGAGAAAACAAGGCAUGAGCAGCCGGCACCGGAGGCGCCCGCCUCGCUGCCUGUGGGGGAGCAGCUCGAGCGGGCGGCGGCUGUGGUCUCCCUGCUCGAUGACAUGGCAGUGCUGAAGGCACUCCCCGGGCUGCCGCCGCUCGCCGAGGCGUCGCUGCUCUGCCUUCCUCCCUCCUCGGGCGCGGAGGCGGUCCAGGUGCUUGGGCGAGUGGCGGAGAUCUUUGGACCCGUCUCGGCGCCCCUCUACUCGGUGCGUGUCGGAGACACCGACCGUCUCCGCCUCUCUGUUGGCGACGAGGUCUUUGUCGCACCGGCGCACUCGUCCUUCCUCGCCCCGUCCGCAAUCAAGCAAGGCAAGGGGACCGACGCGAGCGGCGCCGAUGACGACGAGGUCGCAAAGCGUAUAUCGAAAUUGGAGCAGAGGCGGGAGUCCCUCUUUUGUGUCGCAGCUUUUUUCCCCUUUGGCGGUUGCCCGCGAUCAGCAUUGUGA